CUGUUGAAGCACCGGUUCCACAAGCAGUACCGUCACCCGACGCUCGACGGCUCGCUCACACGCGCGCGCGUCGCCGGGGAAGCGAGGGCGCUGCUCAAGUGCAUGCGAUCUGGCGUGAACGUCCCGGGCAUCCGUAUGGUCGAUGCCGUUAAUGGCUUACUCGGGAUCGAGUGGAUCGAGGGCAAAAGCGUAAGGUUUUUGCUGGGCGGUGGUGCCGAGGGCGAAGCAGAGGCCGACGAUACGCUUAUGGUCAUGAUCGGAGAGGAGAUCGCCAAGAUGCACCUCGCCGACGUCAUUCACGGCGACCUGACGACGUCCAACAUGAUGCUCCGCCAUCCGGCAUCCUUCACGGCGCCCUCCCCCGACAGACCCCGCACCCAGCUGGUCCUCAUCGACUUUGGCCUCGCGUACACCUCGACCCUGGUCGAAGACAAGGCGGUGGACCUGUACGUCCUCGAGCGCGCCUUCGCGUCGACGCAUCCCGCCUCGGAACCCCUCUUUGCGUCGGUGCUCACGGCGUACCAGAAGCGGAUGGGCAAGGACUGGCCCGCGGUGGGCCGGCGCUUGGACGAAGUUCGGCUGAGGGGGAGGAAGCGAAGCUUGGUAGGGUGA